GUUCGAUUACAGGUGACUAAAAGAUUGAAGGAAAAACUCAGGCAAAUAUCUAAAAAUUAGGACAAUUGCAUAUUGGCGCUAAUCAUAUUUUGGAGUAGUGUGUCUCUCUCCUCGCCGGUACUAACAGCUAGCUAAGGUCGCGUAGGCUACUACUUCUUGUGGUCCAUCCACAGAGAAUAUGGUCAUUGAGUAGCUAACUGGCGACCAGCUAGCUAUAUGUUCCGUCUACAGACUUGGAAAAAUACUCUCCACGCAAACAACGUACAAAUUAACCAACGCUGCUAGCUGCGCGCGAUGGGGCACCAGCUGCCGCCGUUAACGCCGUGGACCAACCUGGACCUGGAUCUCGACCUUGACCUCGACCUCGACAUCGAUGAGGGCACCGCCGUCGCCGUCCGCGACGCGACGGCUGCGAACGGAACCUCGUCAGGCUCCGGCUCCGGCUCGCACAAGAAGCUCAGCCACAACGCGUACGAGCGCGACCGCCGGAAGCAGCUCAACGAGCUCUACCUGUCCCUCCGUUCUCUCCUCCCAGACGCCGAUCACACCAAGAAGCUGAGUAUUCCGACGACGGUGUGUCGGGUCCUCAAGUACAUCCCGGAGCUGCAGAAAAAGGUCGAGGACCUGGAGAAGAGGAAAGAGGAGCUGACUAGUGCCAACUGCAAACCAGGAGUAAUACUGAGCGGCGGCAUAGCUCUAGCUCCUACGGUCUCCGCUACUUGCCUUAACGACAAGGAAAUCAUGGUUCAGGUCAGCUUGUUGAGCACCACGGAUGCUGCGACAACUACUACUCUUCCUCUCUCCAAGUGCAUAAGUGUGCUGGAGAACGAAGGCCUUCGCCUCAUCAGUUCAUCCACUUUCUCCACCUUCGGGGACAAAACGUACUAUAACCUCCAUCUUCAGAUCAUGUCAAGACAACUACAAAUGAGAUCGAUGCCGAGUUAUAUUUUACACUUCUUUUUUCUCAAAAAGGGUGUAUAUGACCUGGCAUCGAUUUAUGCACAGCCUUUAUGUUAUUGCAGCCUACAACAAUCGUAUCUCAAAGUUAUCCCAACUCAAAAGGACAACAUGCUAGUAAAACCACGGUCCUCCUAGCUUAUUACCGGUACGUCAUCCAAAGCGGUUGAAGAAUUCCAUACGCACCCAAACUCUAAAGACUUCAUUGGAACCUUGUGAUACAGUAGAGAUCAAAUACGGAUCCAAUGCAUGGCUUGAAGUAUGACUUGCAAAAAAUGGAAGUUUUUUUCUCUUGUUAAAAAACAGAUCAUUUUCGCAAUUCCAAAUCGACCAACAAAUCACACAAGCCCUCAACGAGAAUGAGCGAUUGAAUUGAUUUUCCCAACCCAUUGAGCCCACAACCAAACAUAUUCAUGAUCCACACACAACUAGUGGGAGGUAAACUGAAAGUCACAAAAACAGCUCUCCAUAUAUACUAUGUUCGCCAUUUGGACAUUCAAAAAAUAGAUGAUGAAUAGUUUGAAACUGGUCACAAAAAACACUUUCUGUGCAACCAUGCCAAUUCCUUUUGGUCUGGUUAUCCUUUGUAAGUACACAACACCACGACAAAGAUUUUAAUUCUAAGAGAAAGUUUAAGCUUCCAGAUAAUUUUAUGACGCAAAAUAAGCAAAAGUAUUAAUUAAUUGGAGUCCCAUAAUAAGAUUUCUUUGAAAACCCAAAUGAUGUAGUGAAAUCCCAAGAGAAAGAAUCAAGUUGGUCAGUAAGAUUCACUGCAGCAAGAUUCACACAAGACUGGUCCCAAGCUGCUAUAUGCGCCUCAACAAAUGGCCCUUCUAAACGUAAGAUUGUGGAUGCCUACACCCAACACAUCAUCCACCAAGGCUUGACAAUUGAGUGUAAUACGAAAUAACACAGGGAACGCUCCUUCUGCAUAGAGGAACCCAAAUCAAAAUGAAACUUCCAAACCAUAUUAUUGAUAGUAAAAAAAAGAUGCUGAAAGAAAUAUUGUCUCAUUCUCAAACCCUUCCAAAAUGGAGAGUCAAUCACCCUCAGAGUCACCCUGAGAAAAAGUUUUUUAAUAAAUAUAUUCGUUGCGAAGUAACUCAAGUCACAAAUGAUUCCCACCCAAAAUUUUAAAAAGACACUUGCCAAUCAAACAAGUAUUUUUGAUUCCAUUCUCAACCCAAAGCGCACCUUGAUGACAGAUAGAAAUCAAGUCUCUUGCAGUCCCCAAUUAAUGGACACUUCGAUGAAAGAGAGCAUGAACACCGAAUUAAUUAGGACAAGUCGAUCAACGCUUGUAAGAAGAUUACCCUUCCAACUGCUAAACUUCUUCUCAAAGGGAUCUUCUACCCCUUUCCAUUCUUUAUUGAGAAUUUUUUAUAAUGGAUAGGAAUCACAAGAUAACGAAACUGAAAAAGACCUGACACCACAUCCAAACAAUUGCAUGUAUUCAGCUUUCUCCUCUUUUGCCUAACCAAAAAGCAAGAAAUUUCACUCUUCUGAAAACUUAUGUUCAACCCCUGCUCGAAGACACACACAACAACUUGAGGUACUUAGCUUGAUCGAUGUUCGCCUUGUUUCCUUUCAUAUAAGGGUCCUAACUAAAACAUGUGUCCAUUUUAGUCCAUUUAGGGGAAAAUAAUCCUAAAAGACGUUGUCUCUCCUUUGGCGUGACAAACCAUGUUCAUCUUACGAUACGUGGCUAACCCAGCACCCUAAAAUCAUGAUUGCUAUUUUCUCCCACUUUUAAUUCUCACAUAUACUUCCUUGAGAUUAGCUUUCGGACUAAUCUAGCCACAUGUCAUAAGAUGAAUAUGGUGUUUCACGCUGGAGCAAAAGACUAUGUCUUCCAUAUUUAUGGGUCAAGCUGACGAGCUCUAAGAACUAUAGCCCCGCAGAGACAUUUGAAUCGACUCCGAAUUCCGCUGCACCUUGAAGUAUCCUAAGUUUUCAUCCAAUUUCCAUAAAGUUCCGAGACAUCAAAGGCAACAAGGAACCUGUGCAUUCCGUGCAACUAUUAAUAGGUUAAGUCACAGAAAAAAUAUAAAAAUUGGUAAAAGUCAAUAAAAGUAGGAUUAAAAGCUUAAAAGGAAUAAAGAGGUUUGAGAUUUGUGUGCAUUGUCCACCGCCAUGUAGGCAUUAUUUUUGUGAAAGAAAGCUUAUUAAGUCUCAUGUUGUCCUUUUGUGCUCCAUAUAACCAACCGGUGAGGUCAUUUGUGGCUCCAUUGCGGCGUCCGGGCAUUACACCAUGCCAUGCCGCUCCGCCUAUAAGAGAGAGAUUCGAGUGGUUUUCCACACGUGCUAGAUGUAGUACACUCUUGAUAUGCGGCACUACUUUGCUCAACGCACACGGUAUCGUGGUGGACCACAGAUCGCAUGUCGGCGAGGGUGCACACGGUCUUGAAGAGAAAGCUUGGGUUGGUUUGAGGCACUAGACCAACACGGCAUGUAACCAAUUUCGAUGCUACGAACACUGCUAUACGCAGUUCUGGCUCCGGCUUUGGCAUUUCGGUGCUAGCAACACCGUAGUUGCGGUUGUCCAACAUAUUAUCUGGUACAGGGAGCAAUGCAUGUGUGUCGUCAGGAUCGUCGGCAGGGCUGUGCUCAUGGCCAAUAAGAUGUGCAUGGUGUUGUGGUUGCGCAGGAGGUUGCCUAGGUGUCGAGGACGUAUGCUAUGCCGGCGCCACCUAAUUAGGUGAGUUUGUGACCUGCACCGCUGUAGCUAUCACUACGGGAAAAACAUUCUUUGCCGGAGGCCCGAGGAAAAGCCUCCGGCAAAGAAGGCUUUGCCGACGGCAAAAAAGAAGAGGCCUCCGGCAAAGAAAAGACCUACGGCAAAAAAUAAAAAAGGCCUCCGGCAAAGAACAAAAAGGCCUUCGGCAAAGGAAGGGGUCCCACGUGGACUUGACCGGGGCCUAACGGGGAGAAAACGGACGGGAUUCUUUGUCGGAGGCCGGCCGCCGGCAAAGAGUUUGUCAAUAUUUUUUCUUUUGUAUCCCUUUCUUCUCUUAUUUCAAAUUAUGAUGUAAACCACCACUUUUUGAGUUGAAACUUUUACUGUACUUUCAUUUGACAUUGAUGACGAGUAAUGUGAAUUAAAAUCAUAACUUUUUAUGUAAAAAUAAUUAUUUAUCAUUUUCUGUAUCUGUUUAAUAGGGAAAAAUGAAACAAUAUUAAACAUUUGUAAAAAAUUCACAAUUUUUGGCAUGGUACCAUGUUAUUGGUAUAUAACACUAGUAUAAAAUUUACAAGUCAAUACACAAAAUGAAAAUGGUACAUACUUCACAAAAUGAGCGAUCUCAAGAGUGAACCUCCAAAUUUGAAUCCCGAACUAAGUUUUGCAUUAAUUUGACCCAUUUUUGAGUUGAAACUUUUUCUGUGGUUUCAUUUGUCAUUAAAUGAUUACUAAUAUGAAUUAAAAUUACCACAUUUUAUGUAAAAAUAAUUACUUAUCAUUUCUAGAGCUGUUUAAUAGAAAAAAAAUGAAAUAAUACUAAAAGUUUGUCAAAACAGAACAAUUUUUGGCAUGGUGUCAUUUUAUGGGUAUAUAAACUUGGUAUAAAAAUUACAGGUCCAUACACAAAAUUAAAAUGGUGCAUGCUUCACAAAUUGCAACAUCUUCGUAUAAGUUCCCGAACUUAGCGCUCAAACGUCCAAUUUGUGUCCCAAACCAAAUUUUGCAAUAAGAUUUUCCCUUUUUGAGUUGAUUUUUUUACUAUGGUUUCACUUGGCAUUAGGGAUGACGAAUGUCAAUUAAAAUUAACAAAAUUAACACCUUGUAUGUAAAUAUAAUUACUUAUCAUUUAUUGGAGACGUUCAAUAGACAAAAGUGAAAUAAUACCUAAACUUUACCAAAAAUUAAUAAGUUUUGGCAUGGUGUCAUGUUAUAGGUAUCUAAACAUGGGAUAAAAAUUACAAGUCAAAAUAACAAAAAUAAAUUGAGAAAAGUCUUUGCUAAGUAUACACAUUAAAAAAACAAAAAAUAUGUCUUUGCCGGCGGCCGGCCUUCGGCAAAGGGAUAUUUGCCACGUCAUCGAUCCGCGUGAAGCCACGGAUCGAUGACGUGGAACCAUCCAAGCCGCACAUCUCUGUCUUCCUUCUUCCUCCCUCACCCAGCGCAUCUUUUAAUUCUUCCUCCUGCCUUAUCUCUCUCGCUUCUCCUCUUCCCCACCAGCACAUCUUCCAGCCGCCCACCUUCGCCUACCCCAGCCCGCCGUCGGCGACCUCUAGCGCCCCUCUCUCUCCAGCGCCUCUCCCUUCUUCCUCCCACCCUGCCCCUCUCUUUCAAUUCUUCCUCCCUCCCCGCCCUUC